AUGGCUGAUGAAGAAAGUUCUCAUGCCUUGGGGGAAGAAGAAGAACUGUCUCAAUUUGUUAAGUCUCUAGAGGACAAAAUUGCCGGCAAUUUAAAACAAAAUCGCCUGCAAUCGUUCGCUGGUGAUCCCAAUCUGCCUGGGGAAAGGAUCCACAUCAUGGACAGGGUCCCCAGUGUGCUUCACCAGCAAAACGAGAACCCGUACAGCCCUACCACCAUAUCUAUUGGCCCUCUUCACAGAGGGGCACCGCGUCUUCAAGCAAUGGAGCCGGUCAAGUUGAGCUACAUGUGUGCCCUACUUCAACGAACCACAACGUUCGAGGAAACAUUGAGAGAUUGUGCGGAGGCUAUGUUGAAGUUGGAACAAGCUGUUAGGGAUCGUUAUGAGCCGGCCAGGUUACAGCCCUGCAACGACCAAAAUUUCAGGCUUGCAGAAGUGGUGCUCAUUGAUGGUUGCUUCAUAAUCGAACUUCUGUUGAGGAAUUUCAAAAACGAUUAUGACCCCAUUUUGCGCAACCCUUUCAAGUACUAUGCUAUCCUUUAUGACUUGCUAUUGCUCGAGAAUCAGAUUCCUUUCUUUGUUCUUGAAGAAUUGUUCAAUGAGAUGGUGGGAAGGAUCCAAAUCCAGUAUCCUCCCCUUACUAUAUGGGUCCAUCUAUUCUUUGGCAAUAUAAUGGGCCUUGAAAAUUAUCAAAGAAGAAACAUGGAGAAGGAAUGUCCUUACCAUAUACUCCAUUUCUUGCACAUUCAGUACAUGCCGGCUUGUACAGGCAACACAUACACUCAAAGAUCCCUCGAUGAUGAAAAUGAAAUAGAUAAGAUGGAAUGUGAUGAAACAGAAAGGAUGGAGAGCAAAAUCAUUUACUCUGCAACAGAACUUCGCUUGGCGGGAGUCAGAUUGAAGGCAGCUAGUAACGAUAGGAACCUAUUCGACAUAAGGUUUACUACUGGUUUUAGUUGUAAUAGCUGCUCCACUCUGUUUGUAAAAGGUUACAUAGAAAUUCCACCUUUCUCUGUCUCUGAUUCCACGGAGUCAGUCUUGAGAAACCUCAUCGCUUUCGAGCUAAGCUGUCACUGGAUUCCUAGUUACUUCACAUCAUUUGCGUUCCUCAUGGAUCUCCUCAUCAAUACUCCCGAAGAUGUUAAAUUGUUCGAGGAUGCAGGAAUCAUACGCAAUUAUUUAGGUUCGAGGGAAGAAGUGGCCCGGCUUUUCAAUGGUAUUUGCCAGAAUGCCAAUCCGAGUGGUUUCCAUUACACUAAGCAAUACAAGCAGGCGAUGGAUUUCUGCACGCCUUGGCGAGUUUCUACCGGAAGGUUCAGACAAUAUUAUUUUGGUAGUGCAUGGUCAGGCAUAUCAGUCAUUGCUGCCAUCAUCCUUUUCACCCUUGCGUUUAUGCAGACCCUAUACUCCAUGCUUUCUUUUUAUUAA